AUGGCUCUCGCUCCGUGGACCGGCAUGGGCAUGAUGGACCCCUUCGCGCCGAUGACCUCGCUCACGUCCCCCACGGGCCCGCUGGAGAUGAUGCCGCGUUGGAUGCGCUUCCCCGACGAGUUCAGCUCGCUCUUCGAAGCCCCCACCGCCUCGUUCCUCCGUGAGACGCAGGACAUUGCUCGCACGGCGGUGGACGUUCGUGAAACGAACGACGCGUUCAAGUUCAUCGCAGAUAUGCCCGGGCUGCGACGCGAGGAGGUGAAGGUUCAGAUCGAAGACGGAAACGUGCUCGCGAUUCGCGGCGAGCGCACGCGCGAGAAAAAGGAGGACACUGGGAGGUAUCACCGCAUGGAAAGGAGCAGCGGGAAGUUUCUCCGCAGGUUCCGCCUUCCGGAAAACACGGAGGUGGAUAAGGUUACGGCGAACACGGAGCACGGCGUGCUGACUGUGACAGUGCCUAAGAAGCAGCCUAUCGAGCCGCAGAAGGAAGGCGAGCCUAAUGUUCGCGACGUGAAGAUUCAGUCCAUGGAGUGA